AUGGAUCAACAACCAAUCUUCGAAUACAAAGACGAAUCUCAAGCAGAGCGAAUAGCAAGAAAAUCUAAAGAUUCACCAUUCAUGAUUCUUGGUAUAAUGGGAUGUAUUGGUGUUUGUGGUGUUGGUGCAUACAAAUACAAGAACAGAGGUCAGAUGAGUACAAGUGUAUUCCUCAUGCAGUUACGAGUUGCAGCCCAAGGAACUGCCGUUGCAGCACUUACAAUGGGCCUAGCAUAUUCACUUGCAGAAAGAUAUUUAUUUAAAUCUGAUAAGAAACCAGAAUAA